CGCUGUUUUUCAAUAUGGUGAAGAUAUCGCUACAGAUAUGUGCCCAGCUGGAGAGAGUGACGGAACUGGAACCGGCUGACACUGAAGAUUUCGGUUGGUGCAUGAAGCUCCAGUGUAUGAAUUGUAAUGAAGAAACACCAGAUUUUGUUUUUGCCUCGUUAUCAGAGAGUACUGGUGUAACUGGAGGUAGGGGGUCAGCUAGUUUAGUUAUAAAAUGUAAAUUAUGUAAACGAGAAAAUUCUUUAGAUAUAAUAAGAGAUUCAUUAGGUAAAUAUAAUAUAGAGGAUGCUGGGAAAUUUAGAACUAUUGUCACGUUCGAUUGUCGUGGCGUUCAACCAACAGAUUUUAAACCUAAUGAUGGGUGGAAAGUGAAAGGGGAAGAGUCAAAUACACCUUUUGAAAUUGAUUUAACUGAAUUAGAAUGGUAUGAUUAUGAUGAGAAAGCUAGUGAGUCUGUCAGUGUCACAGAAUUUAAACAUCAAUUUAAAUAGUUUACUUUCCUUCCUGUGUUUUCAUUCUUUAUUCUUACAUUCAUUCAUUUUUCAAAUCGUUUGUCUUGUUUAGUAGCUUGUAUUGAAAGGGACAGAAUUACCACCUCUUCAACCAAUCGUUCCCAAGUCUUAGAAACGCAAAUUUUUCAGCUAAGCUAAUCAGUAAUAGUAUUCACAGCUCAGCUUCAAAACUCAAGCCUGCAAAUCGAUGUGUGUCUAGAAUUAUUCAUGUUUAUAGUUGAAAAUAUGAUUCGUUUUUUCGUGAGACUCAGCCAUAUAUAUAGAAAUAGGAAAAGAAAUUUUCUAGUUUGAGAUAUUCUUGAAGGAAUUAUGUGAUUUUUGUACAUUUCAUAGACUAUUUAUUUAUAUAUAUAUUUAAGGCCCAAAUCAACCCUCGAAAAUGACAAACAUGUCUCUUUAAGAGUUAAGAAGUUUCUAAAAACUCCUAUGUAAAACAUUGGCUCACAAAUAAAGAGAUCUGCUAGCUUGUUUAAUUUGCAAAAGUUAAUCUAAAUUUCUGAUAGUUAGCAGUUCUGAUGAUUUUGACCUACUUUGGCUACCUGGGCUAAAGAAAUGGGCAACACCAUGCAGUGUGCAAUGAAAAAUAUCAAAUCAUAACAUAAUAAAUUACUUUAUUGUAUAUUUGUAAAUAAAGCUAUUUUUAUCCAUA